AUGGGUGUCGGUCGUCGAAUGAAGAAACAGGGACCUCCUGCUCCAUUGGAUCAGGCUACCAUCAACCUCAUCAAGAAACGAAAGGCUGCUGAAGCUGAAGCCAAAGCAGAAGGCGGGAAAAAACGACGAAAGGCAGUCGCAGAAUCCGAGCCCGAGGUCGAACCUGAGACCAAGAAGAUCAAGACAAAGGUAGUCAAGGCCAAGGCUAAUGGUGCCACGGCCAAUGGAAAACCCGGUAAAGAACAGAAAUCAGCCGUCGUCGCAGCGCCCAAGAAAACUCCUGCAAAGGCCGAGAAGAGCAAAAAGUCAGCAAAGAAGGUUGUUGAGCCCGAACCGGAAUCGGAAGACGGUGGCGAUGACGAUGACAGCUGGGGCAGCGGCAGUGCUCCCAAUCUGGAUCAAUUAAUGCAAGACGAAUUUGACGAAUUAGACGACAUCAGUGAGGGAUCUGAUGCGGAAGAGGGCAAAUUCGACGAAGGAUCGGUAUUCGACUCUGAAGAGGAGGACCACCCACGAGAGAAGAUGUUUUCAGAUGACGAAGAUGAAUCAGAUGCUGAAGAGAAGCUCACGGCUGCGAACAUUGAAGGGCUAUCCCGAAAGCUCGACGAGCAGCGCCAAUUGGAGGAAGAAGAGGCCAGGCAAGAAAUGCAAGACUCAGCCAUGCAGACUAAUAUUGCCGGCGAACCUACUUCGUACACGCAUUACAGAUACUUUGAGAGUUUUGGGUGA